CACCUCGAUAUAUGGAGAGUCUGACGACAAGUCUGCUGCACUAGAUCCUCGGCGCUCUCGGGUGAAGAAAAAAAACGAAUUUUUCGUCUUCGGCCGUAAAUCGUGUGCGUGGCUCGCGAGCGCUGGAAAUCGAAACCGAUUGAUUUCCGCGAUUACACAGUGUUUUCUAUUUCAAUCGACGAGAAAAUAAAGUCGCGACAAAAUUCAAACAUGUCAUUCAGGACUAUAAUAAUCGUCCUCAUCGGCGCUGCUUGCAUCUCCACGACCUUGAAAACCACCUUCGCUUCGGAGGACCAGUCCUCGGAUCCUCUGAGCCCGACUCUGGCUUGUUUCUUCGAAGAAAAUGCCAUCGACUGUGCGGUCAAAAGGAUAGACGAGCAGCUCGACGCUGUUCAAAAAUCGGGACAAAACGAUCCCCGGGAACCACCGAUGACCCUCGUCAUCCAGGAGACCAAGGACGUCGUGGCACAGGGUGUCGACGCGGUAGGCGAACUUCUGGGAUCGGGGGAAGGAGAUCGGGAAGACAUCGAGGAAGAAAAGGACGACGACACCAACGGUGAAUCGCGUAAAAAGAAGCUGGGAAAGAAGAAGAAGAAGGCGCUCCAAAAAAUCCUCAUGGUCGCUAUGGUCCUCAAGGCGAAAUUGAGCCUUCUUCUUCAGUUGCUCUCGACUCAUCUUCAGAUAAAAUUCUUCGCCAUCGCUACCAUCAGUCUUCUGUUGAACAUCGUGAAGUUCUGGAUAGAUAUCAAGAAAGGUGGACAUCCCCAGAAGGUGAUUUAUUACGAACACGCUCAGCAUCAACAUCAUUACGAACCUGAGAUCGAGGAACACCCCGGAUAUUGGGGAAGGUCUUCCGACGACGCGCAAGAACUCGCGUACGGCGCUUACCCCGAAUUGUCAUCGAAACCCUAUUAGAAACUUGAUGAAGAGAAAACGCAUUUCAUUCAAUCGUAGAUCACGUCAUUGGAAUGCUCGAAUCGCUAGCGUUUAUUUAUAUAAUUAACGAUUUUAUUUUUCCACAUAUUAUUCAUUUAUUUAUUUAUUUAUUGUCAAUUCAUCAGAUCACUCGAUAUAUGUAUAACGUGUACGGUGAUAUACGUACGUGUGGGGAUAAUAUUGAAAAAUGAACCUUUGCGCAGAAAUCGCUAGAAAUCGCCAGCGUCGAGCAUUCUUAUUUUAAGAGAAAAAAAGAAAGAGGAGAAAAAUUCAUCGAAAUAUAUGCAAUUAUGUCCGCGCGGAUGCGAUCGAUCGUCCAACGCACAAGAUAAUCAAAACUAUGCGAAGUAGUUAGUAAAAGGAAGAAAAAAUAACGGAUAAAAAAUAUUUCAAAAUUUUUUUUAUAAUUCGACUCGUUACGAACUGUUACUUAACGACUCGGUGUGUCUCUAACUUAUGUACAUACGAUACGCACAACCGACGCUUCAUUGUCGGAUGUAAAUGACUGUGUAGCUGUUUGUCCGUUUUUUCUCUUUAUUUUAUUAUCUUUUGUAAACUAAUUAUGAAUACCGUAUAGGAUAAUGUUAUACGGAUUGUAACGAGCGCCAUUGUGCUACAGAUAUUCAAAUGUCAUUUGUACCUAAUAUAUAUGUUUCCCAAUCCUCAGUCGAUACAUAUGUAUAUAUAUGUAUAUCUAUACACACGUACAUACGCAUAGUAUAUAGCUUUCAAUAUCGAUUCGUGUACGUGUAUAUAAAUAUGUGUGUCAAUAUACGUUUAGUUUUUAAGUACAUUUAUGUAUCAGCGUUUAUACGUACGUUUAAACUGAAAUCAAAAAGAAAUAUAUAUAUAAGCUGAUCAUAUA